GGAGGAAGAAGAGGUCGUGCCCGGAGCUGGAGGAUUUACCCUGUGUCUUUUGAGCCCCUCUCCCCUCAGUGGGCUUGUGGAGAAUGCUCUCUUGCUUGGCCAGGGGGAAUUUGCUGGAUAUCCUGCAGGAAGGCUUCACGGAGCAACAGCUCCAGGCAUAUGUGGCCUGGGUGAAUUCCCAGCUGAAGAAGAAGCCAACAGUGAAGCCAGUCCAGGACCUGAGACAAGACCUCCGAGAUGGAGUCACCCUUGCUUUGCUCAUUGAGAUUGUAGCUGGUGAGAAGCUGAAUGGUAUUCAGGUGAACCCCACCAGCCAGCAGGAGAUGAGGGAGAAUGUGGAGAAGGUCUUACAGUUCGUGGCGUCGAGAAAGAUCCGCAUGCACCAGACAUCGGCAAAAGAUAUCGUGGAUGGGAACUUGAAAUCUAUCAUGAGGCUGAUCCUGGCCUUAGCUGCCCAUUUCAAGCCGGGCUCGGGGAGAGGAAUGCAUCACAGCCCUGCUGGCACGGUGGGGAAGAGCCUGGCAGCGUCUGCUGCCGGUCACAGGCCUCGGUCAGCAGCGGCAGUGGCGCAGGGGGCAGCGGCUGCUCUGGCAGACGUGCGUCAGGAUGUCCUGCAGUCCGGCCGCGACGUGCUCCGGCACAGGCAGAGGAACAGCAGCCUGGAUGAGGAGAUUGAAAACCCCUACUGGAGUGUCCGGGCACUGGUGCAGCAGUACGAAGGGCAGCAGGGCAUGGCACUGGAGUCCCACUCCUCCAGUCUUACAUCACCCAGUCCUAUCCACAGUGCAAAGAGUGAAUCCACUGUAGCCCCAUCAGAGGAGAAGGAGAGGCUUGUGAUCAUCCACACUGACGAAGCAGAAACCAAAACAGAAGAGACAGAAUCUCAUCUCCAGCCUCAGUGGCAAGCAGGGAACCCUGGCUCCUACUUGGAGAACUCAUGGGAGGAGCAGCUUCUGGAACAGCAGGACCAUUUGGAGAAGGAGAUGGAGGAAGCAAAGAAGAUGAUUUCAGGUUUGCAGGCUUUGUUGCUCAAUGGAUCUUUACCUGAGGAUGAGCAGGAGGGAUCCUUUGAGCUUUGUGAGCGUGGAGCCUGCCCUGAAGAGCAGCUGGUCAUCAUCCGAAGUCGUCUGGACCAGAGCGUGGAAGAAAACCAAGACCUGAAGAAGGAGCUGCUGAAAUGCAAGCAGGAAGCUCGAAACCUGCAGGGGAUCAAGGAUGCUCUGCAGCAGAGGCUGGUUCAGCAGGAUGCCUCAGUUCUUCAGCUGAAGCAGGAGCUGCUGAGAGCAAACAUGGACAAGGAGGAAUUGCAAAACCAGAAUGUUGACCUUCAGAGGAAAGUUGAAGAGAGAAACAGGCUGCUGGCAGAAUACAAAAAAGAGCUCUGCCAGAAGGAUCGGCACCUACAGCAGCACCAGACCAAGCUGGAUGAAAUGUUCAGGCAGCUUUCUGAGGCCAGCUACCAGCAGGUGGACUUGGAGCGGGAGCUGGAGCACAGAGAGGCCCUCUUAGCUCACUGCAUGAAGAAAGAAGCUGAAGAGGUGAUUGCCUACAGCACCCACAGUGCUCACAGCAAUGGCUUCCUCCAGACAGCAGGGAAAGGAGCUGCUCCCCCAGCCCACCGAGGGGUGGGAAGGAAGCAGCCUGGGGCUGCUCUGCCUGACUGGUGGUGUUUUGGGCAGACCAACGACUUGCAGCUGGUUCGCGACGCCCUUCGCAGCCUCAGGAACAGCUUCAGCGGCCACGACCCCCAGCACCACACCAUCGACAGCCUGGAGCAGGGCAUCUCCAGCCUGAUGGAGCGCCUCUACCACGUGGAGACGCAGAAGAGGCAGGAGAGAAGGAUCCGGGGGAAGUCACCAGCAAGCAGAGCAGCAAACGAGUGCAGAGAGUCCUGGCCUCCUAAAUCCAAGCUGCCUCAUUCUCACAGCACCCCUGUGAUGAGCACCAGUGCCUGCACCAAAGUGUUGUACUUCACUGACCGCUCCCUCACCCCUUUCAUGGUCAACAUACCAAAGAGGCUAGGGGAAGUGACCCUGAAGGAUUUUAAGGCAGCUAUCGAUCGUGAAGGAACGCACCGGUACCACUUCAAAGCCCUGGAUCCAGAGUUUGGCACAGUCAAAGAGGAGGUGUUCCAUGAUGAUGACAUCAUUCCUGGUUGGGAAGGGAAAAUCGUGGCCUGGGUGGAAGAAGACCACGGGGAGAAUUGAUCCAGCUGCUCGCUCUUGUCACUAUGGAAACCUGUGACUGGGUGCUGAGUUCAAAGAAUGCCCCAGAAAGCAUCUGUGCUGGGAGGAGGCCAAGUCAAGCUGCCAAAAAAGGAAAGCCUCCAAGAGGGCUUCUCUGCAAACAAAGGACAAUGCAUGUGGUGUGCAUGGAUGCCUGGCUGGAGGCUGGCCAUGCUCAAAUGCAGGCAGCGUUUUGAGGCUGGAAUGAGAGGGCAAGAAGCUCCUUGCUGUGUCCCAGCAGCUAAACUCUGAAGGCCUUAACGAUGCAUUGCUCCCUUCCCCCUUGCUUCUCCAUCCCUGCAGUGUGUGGAGCAGGCUGUGAGCUGGUUUCAUGUGCCUGGUGUGGCACAAGUUUGCCCUGGUGGCACAGAACUGAAGCUUUGACUCGGAGUCAGAAGCAGCCCC